AAGGAGAACUGAUCCUCUCCUGCAAUACUGAAAGAAAGCCAUGGCCCAGGGCUCAGUGGUGUUCAGUGAUGUGUCUGUAGACUUCUCGCAGGAGGAGUGGGAGUGCCUGGACUCUGGUCAGAGGGACUUGUACAGAGAUGUGAUGUUGGAGAACUAUAGCAAUCUGCUGUCAAUGGGAUUUUACAUUCCUAAGCCUCAAGUCAUCUCCUUAUUGGAACAAGGGAAAGAGCCCUGGAUGGUUGGCAGAGAGCUGACAAAAGGCCUAUGUUCAGAUCUGGAAUCAAUGUGUGAAAACAAGUUAUUAUCUCUGAAGAAGGAAGUUUAUGAAAUAGAAUCAUGCCAGAGGGAGAUAAUGGGACUUACAAAGCAUGGCCUUGAGUACUCCAGUUUUAGAGACAUUUUGGAAUAUAGAAGCCACUUUGAAAAACAACUGGGAUAUCAAAGUGGGCAUUUAAGCCAAGAAAUAUUCACUCAUGAAUACAUGCCCACAUUUAUUCAACAGACAUUCUUUACUCUACAUCAAAUAAUUAAUGAAGAAAAGCCCUAUGAAUGUAAAAAAUGUGGAAAGGUUUUUAGUCAGAAUUCACAAUUUAUUCAACAUCAGAGAAUUCAUAUUGGUGAAAAAUCUUAUGAAUGUAAGGAGUGUGGGAAAUUCUUUAGUUGUGGCUCACAUGUUACUCGACACCUGAAAAUUCAUACUGGUGAAAAACCCUUUGAAUGUAAGGAAUGUGGAAAGGCCUUCAGUUGUAGCUCAUACCUUUCUCAACAUCAGAGAAUUCAUACUGGUAAGAAACCCUAUGAGUGCAAGGAAUGUGGGAAGGCCUUUAGCUAUUGCUCAAAUCUUAUUGACCAUCAGAGAAUUCACACUGGUGAAAAACCCUAUGAAUGUAAAGUAUGUGGGAAGGCCUUUACUAAGAGCUCACAACUUUUCCAACAUGUGAGAAUUCAUACAGGUGAGAAACCCUAUGAAUGUAAGGAAUGUGGCAAAGCUUUUACUCAGAGCUCAAAGCUUGUUCAGCAUCAGAGAAUUCACACUGGUGAAAAACCCUAUGAAUGCAAGGAGUGUGGCAAAGCCUUUAGUAGUGGCUCAGCACUUACUAAUCAUCAGAGAAUUCACACUGGGGAGAAACCCUAUGAUUGUAAGGAAUGUGGGAAAGCUUUUACUCAGAGCUCACAACUUCGUCAACAUCAGAGAAUCCAUGCUGGUGAGAAACCCUUUGAAUGUCUUGAAUGUGGGAAGGCCUUUACUCAGAACUCACAACUUUUUCAACAUCAGAGAAUUCAUACAGAUGAAAAACCAUAUGAAUGUAAUGAAUGUGGAAAGGCCUUUAAUAAAUGCUCAAACCUUACACGACAUCUGAGAAUUCAUAGUGGUGAAAAGCCCUAUAACUGUAAGGAAUGUGGGAAGGCAUUUAGUAGUGGCUCAGAUCUCAUUCGUCAUCAGGGAAUUCACACUGGGGAAAAACCUUAUGUGUGCAAGGAGUGUGGACGAGGCUUUACCUGGAGGUCAAACCUCAUCACACACCAGAGGACACACUCAGGGGAGAAGCCUUAUGUGUGCGAGGAGUGUGGACGAGGCUUCACCUGGAAGUCAAACCUCAUCACACACCACAGGACACAUUCAGGGGAGAAACCUUAUGUGUGCGAGGAGUGUGGACGAGGCUUUACUUGGAAGUCAAACCUCUUCACACAUCAAAGGACACAUUCAGGGGUCAAGCCUUAUAUGUGCAAGGAAUGUGGGCAGAGUUUUAGCCUGAAGUCAAACCUUAUCACACACCAGAGGGCACACUCUGGGGAGAAGCCUUAUAUUUGCAAGGAAUGUGGGCGUGGCUUUCGCCAGCAUUCACAUCUCAUCAGACAUAAGAGGACACAUUCGGGAGAGAAGCCUUAUGUGUGCAGGGAGUGUGAGCAGUGCUUUACCCAGAAGUCACAUCUCAGUAGACACUUAAGGACACACACAGGAGAGAAGCCUUACGCGUGCGCGGAAUGUGGGCGCCGUUUUAGUUGGAAAUCAAACCUCAAGACACACCAGAGGACUCACUCCGGGGUUAAACCUUAUGUAUGCCUGGAGUGUGGGCAGUGCUUUAGCCUGAAGUCAAACCUCAACAAACACCAGAGGUCACACACGGGGGAGAAGCCAUUUGUGUGCAGAGAAUGUGGGCGAGGCUUUACCCGGAAGUCAACCCUUAUCACACACCAGAGGACACACUCAGGGGAAAAGCCAUUUGCGUGCAGGGAGUGUGGACGAGGCUUCAACGAUAAGUCAACCCUCAUCUCACACCAGAGAACACAUUCAGGGGAAAAGCCUUUUGUGUGCAGGGAGUGUGGUAGAAGGUUUAGCCAGAAGCCAAACCUCUUUAGGCACAGGAGGGCACACUCGGGUCAUAUGCCCUUUGUGUGCAAAGAGUGUGGGCAGGGCUUCUGUGAUAAGUUAACUCUCAUCACACACCAGAAGGCACACUCCGGGGGAAAGCCUCACGUGUGCAGGGAGUGUGGGCAAGGCUUUAGCCGGCAGUCACACCUCGUUAGACAUCAGAGGAUACAUUCAGGAGAGAAGCCUUACAUUUGUAGGAAGUGUGGGCGAGGCUUUAGUCGGAAAUCAAACCUCAUCAGACAUCAGAGGACACACUCAGGAUAG